CGUUGCAAAAGCCAGAGAGUGUUAAAUCUGCAAUUCCUCAUUGAAUUUUAAAAGCUAAACCCUCUGCACAAAAUUCCUCAGAAGAACUCAAUGCAAAUCCUGAAAUCAUCUUCCAUUUUCUCAACUUCCCAUUUCCUCAAUUUCCCCUUAAAACCCAGAUCAUUUAUUCUUCUUCUCUACUGUUCUUCUUCUUCUUCCACCUCAGUUUCAAAUUCUCCCCUUCUCAAUUACCUUGUAAAAAACUUGGAUUUCACGGAAACUCAAGCCCUUUCAAUCGCUAACCGUUACCUCAACGUGAAAUCCUUUGAAAAGCCCCAAGCUGUCGCCAACUUUUUCCGAAAUCUUGGCUUUUCUAAUGCCGAAAUAGCCGCUUCUGUCCGAAACGCGCCCCAAAUUCUCUUUGCCGAUGUAGAAACGAAGCUUAGGCCAAAAAUCAAGUUUUUUCAAGAUCUGGGUUUUGUGGGACCUCACCUGGGUAAGUUCCUUUCCAGGAAUUCUGCGCUUUUAGCUUGUAGUUUAGACAAAAAGUUGAUUCCUUCUUUCCAAAUUGUCAAGAAAGUUUUAGGGAAUAAUGAUAAUAAGGACCUGAUUAAGGUCUUCAAUAGAAGUAAUGGUUUUAUUGCCAGAGAUUGCAUAUUAAAGUUGUCGAGAAACGUUGGGUAUUUGGAGAGCUGUGGGAUUGUUGGGUCUCAGCUCUCAAAGUUAUUAAAGAGACAACCUAGGAUUUUCAGAAUGCGAGAAUCUGCAUUAAGGGACCUCGUUUCAAGGGUUUUAGAUAUGGGGUUUUCAACUGAUUCAAGGAUGUUAGUAUAUGCUAUUCAUACCAUGAAUUGCUUGAGUGAACAAACAUUUAAGAAGAAAUGGGAAUUACUUCAGAGUUUUGGUUUUUCGGAAAAUGAAAGGGUGGAUAUGUUUAGGAAGGCCCCAGGUUUGCUUAGGACCUCUGAGGAGAAAAUGAAGUUAGGAAUUGCGUUCUUUACGAAUGUAGCAAAGUUUGAUAAGAAUGUGUUGGUUUCUAGACCACGUCUGUUGAUGAAUAGCUUGGAAGAUCGAGUGAUUCCUCGAUACAGAGUUUUGCAGAUUAUCAAGUCAAAGAAGUUGUUGAAGAAGGAGCUGAGUUUUCUUAACAUUUUGGACUAUACGGAGAAUGAAUUCUUGAAGUUUAUCUCAAGGUUUACAGAUAAUGUGGAGGAACUGUUGAUAGCUUACAAGGCUCAUCUUUUGCACACUUCAGAAGAAGAAGAAGAAAAAACAUGUUGUGCACAAAAUUCCUCAAAAAGCACAAUGCAAGUACUGAAAUCAUCUUCCGUUUUCUCAACUCCCCAUUUCCUCCAUUUCCCCUCCAAACCCAAAUCAUUUAUUUUUCUUCUCUACUAUUCUUCUUCUUCCACCUCAGUUUCAAAUUCUCCCCUUCUCAAUUACCUUGUAAAAAACUUGGAUUUCACUGAAACUCAAGCGCUUUUAAUCGCUAAACGCUACCCCAACGUGAAAUCCUUGGAAAGGCCCCAAUCUGUUGCCAACUUUUUCCAAAAUCUUGGUUUUUCUAAUCCCCAAAUAGCCGCUUCUGUCCGGCACGCGCCCCAAAUUCUCUUUGCGGAUGUAGAAACGAAGCUUAGGCCAAAAAUCAAGUUUUUUCAAGAUCUGGGUCUUGUGGGACCUCACCUGGGUAAGUUCCUUUCCAGGAAUUCUGCGCUUUUAGCUUGUAGUUUAGACAAAAAGUUGAAUCCUUCUAUCCAAAUCGUCAAGAAAGUUUUAGGGAAUAAUGAUAAUAAGGACGUGAUUAGGGUCUUCAAUAGAUGCAAUGGUUUUAUUGUCAGAGAUUCCAUAUUAAAGUUUUCGAGAAACAUUGAGUAUUUGGAGAGCUGUGGGAUUGUUGGGUCUCAGCUCUCAAGGUUGUUAAAGAGACAACCUAGGAUUUUCAGAAUGCGAGAAUCUGAAUUAAGGGACCUCGUUUUGAGGGUUUUAGAUAUGGGGUUUUCAACUGAUUCGAGGAUGUUAGUACAUGCUAUUCAUACUAUGAAUUGCUUGAGUAAACAAACAUUUAAGAAGAAAUGGGAAUUACUAAAGAGUUUUGGUUUUUCGGAAAAUGAUUGUUUGGAUAUUUUUAGGAAGACCCCGGCUCUUUUUAGGACCUCUGAGAAGAAAAUGAAGUUAGGAAUAGAGUUCUUUACGAAUGUAGCGAAGGUUGAUAAGAAUGUGUUGGUUUCUAGACCAUAUCUGUUGAUGAAUAGCUUGGAAGACCGAGUGAUUCCUCGAUACAGAGUUUUGCAGAUUAUCAAGUUAAAGAAGUUGCUGACGAAGGAACCGAGUUUUCUUUACAUUUUGGACUAUACAGAGAAUGAGUUCUUGCAGUUCAUCUCAAGGUUUACAGAUCAUGGGGAGGAGCUGUUGAUAGCUUACAAGGCUCAUCUUUUGCACACUUCUUCAGAAGAAGAAGAAAAAGAAACAUGACAGAAGUCUGCUUUUGUUUAACAUGGUUUCACUUUGACCUGCGCCAGUCUCAAUUAAUAAAGGCCAGCUUUGAGCCUUCAUGUUGAUUCAAUCAAAAAUUAGUCAUGUGACAGGUUCUGAGUUUGUUAUUUGACAAGAUAAGAAAUAUCAAUAGAAAUGUUUAAGAUGCCCUUUUAUGCUUUAUGGAACUUGAGGGAUCAAUGUGAUGAUGGUCUCCAAGUAGGUACAGGGUUCAGUUUCUCAUGCAAGCUGGAUAGCUGUGACAGAGAUUUGCAGCAAGAGGAAGCUGAUCAACGAGUAUACACAUAAGAUUUUCAUUUUUGCAGGCAUUCUGAAAGUGAAGUUAUUGAAUGCACUGCCUACAAAACUGUAUGAUCUUUUCUUUGAAGCAAGUGUUUACAAACUGAGUUUUUGGGGCUGCAGAGAACAUCUUGAAGGCCCAAGUACUGUUACAAGAUGUUGGCGAGUUGAUGGUAUCUGUGAAGGGCUAAGUGAAAACAGAUUGAUUAAUGUUCCAGCAUAAGAAUUCAAAGAAAUUUGGCCAGGACUGAGAUGGACAAGAAUGUGACAUUAAUGUUUAGCUACUACAUUGGGACUGAGAUUGACAGGUGGCAAGCUUAAUGCUUGAAUUUGGGAAAGAUUUAAUUUUUUUUUCUUUUAAAUUUGUUGAAUCUAUAAACUACGAUUAAAUAUUUGUAUA